GUUUAUUUAGAAAAUUACCACCCUCUAUCUUAAAAGUUAAGAUGUUUAGGAAGUUUUUUUUUAUAAAAUAGAUCCAAGAAUAGCCUGGUUUUAAGUGUUUGGUGGUGAAAAAAAAAUAAAAAUCAAAGAAAAUUAGAUAAAGUUUUCUUGAUAAAAUGGUGAAGGUAUUUUAAAAAAACAGUGUUGUCAAAUCACGAUCAUUACGUAAUUAGAAAAAAUGGUUCUAAGAAGUUACUCAGUUGAACAAUCACAAACUCUUGAUGAAGGACAAGAAAAUUGCUUUAUACGCUGCCACAAAUUUAAACAGUGAAAAUCUUCAUGUUCUGAAAUUAUGUCUGGAUAUUUUUGAAAAACUCGUUGAAAAUACUGAAACUCACAGUUAUUUAAUAUCAAUUUUUGGAAUUUAUGAAUCGUUAUAUGCCACUUCUCCAGCUCUGAACACUCGUAGCAAGAAUAGAGAUAACCAAAUUACUUUUGAGAGUACUCUGGUCAAAACCAAGAGUGUUAUUUCAUUUUUGACAGUUAUAUAA